AUGCAAACACCGCCGGCGAAAAAUCCCACCACCAUCACCGCUUUAGGCUACCUUUGGUGCCACCUUCAGGUCCAUCAAGAAGACAUAAUUUGCCAAGGAGUACUCAACUUUUACAUGGAAACCGCAAGGGAUAUUACCGCGGGAAUGGCCGCCGGAGUUGAUUCCGAGAUGAAACAAGGCAUGUGA